AUGGCGACAACGAAAGUAGCGCGGAUUCCUCCUGCGUCAGAAAGUUCAGUACUAUCAUCCAAAGCAGAAAACAUUAGUUACCCAAGAUGGUUUGGUGGGUCGGCCUCUUGCGUGGCUGUUAUUGUUUCCCAUCCUUUUGACCUUAUUAAGGUGCGAAUGCAAACAGUAUCAAACGGCACUAAGCAGAGCACUAUUAUUACCGGCAUGAGGAUUCUUCAGGGAGAAGGAGUCAAGGGAUUUUAUCAUGGUCUUACUGCUGGAUUUAUGCGAGCAUUGACCUAUGGUACAUCGCGCAUUGCUCUCUAUGAAGAGAUGAAACAAAGUGCGGAAAAGCCCAACCAACCGCUUUCAACACCCAUUCUAGGGAUGAUGGCCGCAUCAUCGGGGUUUAUCGGUGCUAUUUUUGGCACCCCUGCUGAUAUUGCAAAUGUGAGAAUGCAGAAUGAUGCCUCGUUACCGCAGCAGCAGCGCCGUAACUAUCGAAAUGUACUCGACGCAUGGGUCCAGAUGAAGCGAGUCGAGGGUUGGAGAUCUUUCCGGCAGGGAUUGUGGCCUAAUUGCUUCCGCUCUGGGAUCAUGACCGCCAAUGAGGAAAAGCCUUUGAUUCACUUCGCUGCUUCUCUGUUGGCGAGUUUGGUCGCAACCUCAAUUUCAAGUCCGAUGGAUGUCAUCAGAACCCAGUUAAUGAGCUCUUCAAAUAAGACUUCGGUUUUCGAUGUCGUGCGAAAUCUGAUGCACGCUGAGGGGCCAAGGUGGGUUUUUCGUGGAUGGACCCCAAGCUUUGUUCGCUUGGGUCCUCAAACAAUUGCCACGCUGGUGCUAUUGGAGCAGCAUAAAAAGAUUUACCGGAUGUUGAAAUCAGAGAAGCGUUGA